AUGAUGAUUGAUCGAAGAAACAAACGAAGUGUUCAAAUUUUUUUCCUUCUAAUCACUUUUUUGGUCUGUUCAGGAGUUUUCUUCUGGUAUUACAGCCAUCCGGAAGACGAUGUCCCAGACUAUUUUCCACCAGAAGUGAAAGAACAUCAGAAAACUGAAAGAGAAGCAGCACUAGAAAAAGUUCGGCAAUUGCAGCAGAAUGGUCUUGAAAACGCUGCGGCUGAAACAUUUUAUGAUGAUCAAUCGAAAAAAUCGAUUUCUGGAAAUCCCGAUAAUUCCGGUUAUGAGAACGCAAGAAUUCUUUUCCAGAAGUUGAACACAACAAUUGUUCAAGAAAGCCCAUUGAAUGAGAAUGGCGAAAAAAUGACGGCAGAUUCAUUUUAUGAUGAGAAAUUGAAGCAAAAGCAAGAAGAGGAUAAGGAUUUCAAUCAACAAAAAACAAGUGAGGAAGCAGAAAAUGCUGAUCAUGCAGUACAUCCUGAUCCUUCAGUUAACGAACAACAUAAACAAGAAGCUGUUCAAAAAACAAAAACCACGAGUGAGAAAGCAGAAAGUGCAGAUCCUCCAGUACAACCUGAUCCUUCCCCCAACGAGCAACAUAAGCAAGAAACUGCUCAAAAUUCAAACACGAAUGAUAAAUCGAUAACAAAAGAUGAAAAAAACGCUUUUGAUGUGAUUCCAAAAAAUGAUACAGCUUCUCUGGAUAUCAUCGGAAAAUCAGAAGCAGUUCAAUCCUGGUUGGCAAAGAAACAUAAUUCUCGAACAAGGUCACUUUCUGAAGUCGAAUCAUCUCUUCGUGUAGAUCAAGCAGCUCAGAUGAGUGCCAGAAGAAAUCCUAAAUUCGAAGCAGUCGAUCCGGAAAUUGAAAGAUUACAAAAUCAAGUUCAUCAAUUUAAGUUUGUACAGUAA